ACCGCCUGCCGUUUAUAGGGCGGCGCGCGCACACAGCCUCAAGCUAGCCUGCCACGGAGGUCGAAGGUAGCAGCUGGGCAGACGACACUCCGCUUGCCGUAACUUCGCAACCGCCAACAAGCCUUUCACAGCAUUGAUCAAGAACUUCUAAGUGCUUUCUUGUUUAGUGCAUUGCGAGGAAGCCCCACUAACAAUUCCAAGAUGUCAGCGGGAGUUGAAGUUGUGCAAGCCUACACCCCCAUCGUGCUGACCGACCCGUCCGAGUAUAGGCCCGAGGUCAAGGACACAUCCAAGUUCCGCGACUUCCGCAUUCACAACACGCCGGCCCACGUGGUGCGGACGUAUGAUGCGAUGCACACUUACCAGACCCUAGCCUUCGUCAAGGACCGCCUGGAGCACUGGGGGCGUCUGGACCACGACCACCUCACCGUCAUGGAGGCCUUGGAAAAGCUCAAUAACUUGGUGGAUGAGAGCGACCCAGAUAUCGAUCUGCCCAACUCCUACCACGCCUUCCAGACGGCGGAAGGAAUACGCAAAAAUCACCCAGACAAAGAGUGGCUGCAAGUGACCGGCCUAAUCCACGACAUCGGCAAGCUGAUGGCACUGUGGGGAGAACCGCAGUGGGCGGUGGUGGGCGACACCUACCCUGUAGGCUGUGCACCCGACCCUUGCAUAGUCUUCGGGGUGGAGAGCUUCCACAAAAACCCCGACAUGAAGGACAAGAAGCUAAACACGCGGCUGGGGAUAUACGAGGAAAACUGCGGUCUGGACAAGGUGUACAUGUCCUGGGGUCACGACGAAUAUCUGUACCUCGUCCUCCGCGCCAACAACCACAGCCUUCCGGAGGAAGCUCUGGCCAUCGUGCGCUUCCACUCCUUUUAUCCGUGGCACACGGGGGAAGCAUAUAAGUACCUGUGCAACAACAAGGACUCUGAGAUGCUCGUUUGGGUCAAGGAGUUCAAUCAGUAUGACCUGUACACCAAGGCCCCCGAGAUGCCGGAUACAGAGGCUCUGUAUGAUUACUACGAAGGUUUGCUGAGGAAAUACUUACCUGGCAAACUUCGAUGGUAAACUGCGAGCGACCGUCAUUAAUUUUUCUUUUUCAAAAUAAAAACGCAACAGAAAUUGUAGGUGUUGGGACAGCUUUUCCUUGCAAGCACAAUACGUUGUUCCAUAUUUUUAUCAACCACCCAACUAAUAUUUGUUAAAAUCUUUCUAAUGUCUGCUAUAGUAGUGUGUUGAGAACGCGCAGUUUGAAAACUUUUAAACUGAAAUAUACUUCUAUUUUUAUGGAGAGUUUUAGGUGUUCUAAUUUUUGGCAGGAGCUUUUGCUUUUUUGGAAGCUGUGCGUUCUUGGCUGAUUUGAUGUGCAACAAGCGCACUUCGUAGAAAUCAUGUGAACAGAAAGCGCUUUGAUUCCUAUGCAACUUUAUGGUAAUUUUGAUCUGUGCCAAACAUGGGCGGUGGUAGCAACUUGAUUGAGUGUCUAGCUUGUGGGGAAGGGGCAUCUUAAUCGGACGCUAAAUGUCUCUGGCAAAAUGUGAGGUGAGGUAUAAACAGACCCUUUUGGGCACAUGUGUGAUUAUGUGACGCCUUCCUUAUACAGAAGUUUGUGGUGUGAGCGCAUGCGCAACAUUUAUCACAGUUAACUCACAUCACUGAUUCCUAUGGAAUUAUGGGAAGCUUCGUUUUCUUCCCGCCCUCUAUGUUCCAGCUAUGUGCGCUGUGCAGCUUCGGGUGUGUUUUUGUGUGUGUGUAUGAGAGAGAUAGGAUGUGUGUGUGCACAUGCACAGAAGCCUUGGGACUACUGAUAAUUUUUUCGUUUUGAAAAUUAUUUUAGGGAAAGUCCCUUGAUAUUUUUAAUAAAUCAUUUGUUUACCGGUGA